ACUGAAUCGCAGUUGUGUCAAAACCUGCGGUAGAAGUAGGUAUCAAUUGGCGUACAGUGUUAUUGAAAUUUCAUACAUGUGUAAAUGCAUGUGAAAUUUUACUUAAUCAAAUUAAUUGACAGGAAAGAAAUAUAAAAUUUUUAAGUUUGUAAUUUUAUCCACUCCAGUUUAAACCUCAUGGAAGAGACUGCAACCAAACAACGCUGAAUUUGCAAAGUUGCUUAUAAAAAUAAUAAAAAUAUUCAGAGUGCCUCGUGUCGUUCAAGGUUUGUGUCAGUUGGUGUUUUAACGCUGUCACGUAUUUACAUAGACGGAUUAACUGGAGAAUAUCUACAUAGACCUUAUAUAUUCCAUGUGCGAAUAAUUUUGCAUCCAUGCAGAUUACAUUUUUAAAUGAAACAUGCUUAAAAACUGGUCAUUUACGUACACGUCUCUUCAGUGAAGCAGAAUGUGCAUGAUAUCCAGUUUGUGAAUGCAUACAUUGUAUGUGCAUUCGCCAAACCUAAAUAAUUGAACAUCUCGGAUAAUCUGUCCUUCUUAAUACUGCACAAUUAAUCUUUAUUCAUUUUGUUCACACUCAUCGCCUGGAAUUUCGUUGUUGCGUGUGUUUUCCAAACCCUUAUUUUUACAUCUUUUUAUACAGCAGUGGUCUACAUAAAACUCGUUUGUCGCAAAUUUCCUGGCUGAAUUAAGCUAAUCUUAAUGGCAGAGAUGUUUGCUUUAUGUGCUCUUCCCAUACUUGUGGGACUGCUCGCGUAUUAUUAUAUGCUGAAAAAAGAAAAAUCACGCGAGCCUCCAGGUCCCUUCGCGCUGCCAAUAUUGGGAAAUUUGCUCGAUUUGGCGAACGCUUCGGAUAACUUAUUAUUGGCGAUGGGCAUCUUGGCGGAGAAAUAUGGAGAAAUUUACUCGUUAAAGAUGGGCUUCAAAAGAACUGUUGUCCUAACGUCAAAGGAAGCUAUGCAAACCAUCUUAACAAAUGAUGCUGCAUAUGGCCGAGACUCUACGGGCAUGCUGGCGGAUCGGAUUUUAAACAAAAAUCUGGGAAUCGCUGGAUCGCAGGGGGAAAUGUGGGAGAAAACGAGAAAUUGGACGUUUAAAACGUUAAAAGACUUUGGCUUUGGUAAAUCCUUGGAUAUGGAGCGUUUCAUUAAGACCGCAUCGCAAACCUUAUUUGCCGACAUUGACCAUAAAAUGGAGGCAAAGAGAAACGUGAUUGAAGUCAAUUUGCUCUUCAAUCCAUCAAUUUUAUCCACCAUGUGGCAAAUGGUGCUGGGCAAAGUUUCUCCAGAGGAUGAACCGCUGAUUAAAAUCCUGUCCGAAAAAGGGGACGCAUUUGUAAGAAGUGGCAUUCUUGGGAUGGGCGUGGUUAGCGCUUUCCCAUUCUUGAGAUUCGUCUUCCCCAAAGCGUUAGGAUACAAUGUUCAGAUGGAUUAUUUUAAUACAUGCAAUAAAGUGGGAAAGACACUUUUUCUAGAGAUGGAAAAAGAAUUAAGGUCGUGUCCAUUGAUCACUGAACCUAAAAAUUUACUGGAGUCAUACGUCCAAAAUUAUAUUGAUGGAAGUGAUCCACAAAUUUUUAAUUGUGAAAACUUUCAAAUUAUCUUCCAAGACUUACUCUUGGCCAGUACGGAUACCUCGAGCUCUUUCAUGGAAGCACUUCUCCUCUACCUUGUCUCAUAUCCAGAAGUGCAGGAGAAAGUGUAUCAAGAAAUUUUACAAGUUGCACCGAAUGGGAGGCCUCUAACAUUUGCAGAUAGAAAAGUAAUGCCAUACACUCAAGGAUUCUUACUUGAGUCGCAUAGGAAAGCGAGAAUUUUGCAAAAUUCGUUACCACGGCGAGCAGUUAGAGAUAUUAAGUAUAAGGAGUAUAUUAUUAAAGAGAAUACUACAAUUUUAUGUGAUAUGCGAUUAUACUGCGAGGACAAGGAGCUAUGGGGCGAUCCUGAAAAAUUUCGACCGGACCGAUUUAUUGGGGAAAAUGGGGAACUCGUAAAUGCCUCGAGUAUCAUUGCAUUUUCAUUCGGGAAAAGGAACUGUCCUGGAGAACUGCAUGCAAAUAUUGUCACAUUUCUAACGCUCGCCUCUCUCCUGCAAAAAUACAAGUUGAGCGUCCCUGAUGGAGAAGCAAUGCCCAGAUUGGACAUGAUGGCAGGGAUCACAAUGAAACCGUUCCCAUUUAAGGCGAAAUUUGUGCGUCGAUAAAUUUCAAGAUAAAUAUUUCUGGAAAUUUAUUAAUUUCCUUAAGUUUCAUAAACUAUUAGCAUAAUAAUAAUGAAGGUGUACACACAAAGUUAUUGAAAGUAGCAGUGGAGCUGAGAAAAAUCCUCAUGAUUUAUAAGUAUUAUGGAUGAAUUUGAUAUUAAUAGAUUGUGUGAGUGCCUAGUGUCAAGGUUAAAGUUAAAGUAAUGUUCUGUCAGUAUUCAGUUUCAUGAUGUAAAUUUGUAUGCAUAGAUAAUAUGCAUUUUUGUGCGGCGCUGGUCGUUUAGCCUUUUUAAAAUGUAAAAUGUAAUAAUGUAUUCUCUGCGAAUAUAAUUUGCAGUCCAAUUAAUAAAAUACGAUAUGCAUUCUUUCUUA